AUGAAGAGGAACAGCCUUCUGCAGGAGUCAGGUUUGUCUGCCUCGCUGUUGAUAUUUAGCACCAGAGAAGCGGCGAAAGUUAUUGAAAGUAUCAUGCCACACAAAUGGGAGAAUGACAGGAAGAAGAGCAGUGGCUCUCUGAAGAUGGAUCAAAAGAGCAACGCUGGGAACAGGAAGUCGAGGAAGUUUCGCUCCAUUUCAAGAUCACUUAUACUUUGCAAUGCCAAAAACAGUGACGAUGGGUCAAGUCCCGACGAGAAAUGCCCCGAUCCCUUGGAGAUGUCUACCAGCUGGGGUCAAGAGGACUUGGACUGCUCUCCUAGAACACAAGUGCCAUGCACAUCGGAGACAGAAGACAGCCCACCCGAUCCUCCACGUGUGAUCACCAGCACGGUCCAGUCCAAAGCUGCUGCAAAUGAGAACUGCAACAACAUGAGAAGAAAGUUACUCACCAAGGACAGCUGCAUCUGCAGGCUGUGUGCAACGUCGGGGAGCAGCAGCUCAGGAUUCAAGUUCUCCAGGAGUCCAAAAUGUUCAUCCUUCUGGAAAGGGUUCACAGGCAGCCACGUGCCUGCUGAAGGCCGAGCAAGCAGGGAUGGUUGCCUGAGCCCAGGGGACGAACUGUUAACACUAAAUGGACAGUCACUUAAAGAUCUGCCCAGGAAGGAGGCCGAAUCUCUCAUUCACCCAACGACACGGCUGGUGAACAUCCUGAUGGCUAACAAAGAAACGCCAAGGGGCAAGGAAAGGCCUUUGGAAAUACAGAAUGGUUUUCUGCACAGUAAAUCUGCAUGUCAGAGGACUCGCAGUAACUCAGCCAGUGUGAGCCCGUUCUGGAUGGGGGAGGUGGAGAGCACGGCACCCCGGAGAGCUGUGCCCCUCAGGGACCGACAGCCCCACACUCUCCACACCAGCCGCAAAUCUCUUUCCCAGCAGCUGGACUGCUCUGCAGGGAGAGCCCCGGCAAUUUCAAGAUCAUCUAGAUCCCUAAGUACAGCACAGCUAGUGCACACUUCCUGUGGCUCACAGGCUUCAGUAAUUUCAAACAUUGUACUGAUGAAAGGACAAGGGAAGGGUUUGGGAUUCAGUAUUGUUGGAGGGAAAGACAGCAUUUAUGGACCAAUAGGCAUCUAUGUCAAAACCAUCUUUCCUGGUGGAGCUGCUGCUGCUGAUGGAAGGCUACAAGAAGGUGAUGAAAUCCUGGAGCUGAACGGAGAAUCCAUGCAUGGAUUAACACAUUAUGAUGCUUUACAAAAAUUCAAGGCCAAAAAGGGUCUUCUGACACUUACAGUCAGGACAAGCUUCAGCACACCUCAUUCUGCUUCCAGCUGUCAGUCACCCCUCUUGUGUCAGUCACUGAGCUCCAGCACAUGCAUAACCAAAGAAAACAGCUCUUUCAGUUCAGAAAGUGCAUCAUUCUCAUCAAAUCCUACAAAGCCCAAUGACAGGGUCAUAAUGGAAGUUACCCUAAACAAAGAACCAGGUGUCGGCCUUGGAAUUGGGUUAUGUAGCAUCCCUUACUUCCAGUGUAUUUCUGGGAUUUUUAUUCACACCCUCUCGCCAGGCUCAGUGGCACAUAUGGAUGGGAGACUCAGGUGUGGAGAUGAAAUUAUUGAAAUUAACGAAACUUCAGUACAAAAUACAACUCUCAAUGAAGUUUAUGCUCUGCUAAGCCACUGUGAUCCUGGUGCAGUACAAAUUAUCAUUAGCAGACACCCUGAACCACAGGUGUCUGAGCAACAGCUAAAGGAAGCUGUUGCACAAGCUGUGGAAAGCAACAGAUUUGGAAAGGAGAGACAUCAAUGGAGCACUGAAGGUGUUAAAAGACUGGAAAUGAGCUGGCAUGGAAGACACCCGUGUGAAAAACACAUUGAAAGAAAUGCUGCUUACUGCAACCGCAGGGUCCAGAGGCUGAUGACCCGCUCCAGCAGCGACAGCAGCUACAACCCCCGGGCCUCGUGUGGCACUGGUGCUCUGUACCAACUGACUGACCUGAAAGCAAGAGUACAUAGCGUUGAUGUACCAAUUACCAGACAACCUGGCCUGCUGUGCUCAUUCUCUGCUCAUAAUUCAGAGAGAAAUUCCCCUCCUACUUGUAGUGAAGUAGGUCGACCUUUGCAAAACACUAAGAAAUCAUCAGAGAUCCUGGUUAGAAAACCUAAGUCGUCAAAGCCCAAACCUCCACCAAGGAAAUACUUUAAGCAGGACUGCACAUGUGAUGACCAGUGUAACGCAGACAGAAAAGAAAAGCUUGUGUCAGAAGUGGCUGCAUCACCUUCUGCAAGUGUUCAGCAGGAAGUUGGAGAACCAAUGCUAGAGGGACACCAAACUGAUGUAACACACAGUGUCUUUACCACUUCUCCUACAGCACAUGAUACAGAACACACAACUGCUGCUCCAGUGGGCAGAGAUCAAGAAAGAAAAGAAAACUUAGGGACUCCACUUUCAUCAGUACAAAGGCCUGUACUUAAAAGACAAGCACGGGUAGAUUAUAGUCUUGAUACAACAACAACAACAACAGAAGACCCUUGGGUUAAAAUUUCUGAUUGCAUAAAAAGCUUAUUUAAUCCUACCAUGAGUGAAAACAGCGUCCAUUUAGAUUUGCAACCUGGCACUGACAAAAAGAAAGAGAAUCAAAAUCGAAGCAGCUCAGAGACAGUUCAGAAGAAAUCAGAAUCAGAGUUAGUCGGUUCAAAAGGGCUAAAAUCAGAUGAAAAUGACAGUGUGAAAAAGGGUCCUCCUGUUGCACCUAAGCCCACCUGGUUUCGCCAAAGCCUGAAAGGAUUGAAGAAAGCAAAUUCAGAUCUAAAACCACAAGCAAAUCAAAGUCCUCUUAAUCCUGACAGUAUUUCCAUCAAAAAACAAUCCAGUUUAUCACUUAUGUCUCCUGGAGGAUCAUCAAUAAAACAAAGAAUAAGCUCAUUUGAAUCCUUGAGUGCUCCGCAGUCACCUGAAAAGACACACCGAAGGUUCAGCCUGAAACCAUCAGUCCAGAAAGAAUCCUCUCCCACUGCAGCAGAGCCAGAGGUGGCUCCAGCCCAUUCAAACCAACCCUUCCUCCAACGCUGUGAAACCAGCCAGCAACAGCCACCUAUGCCCAUGGGUACAAAGAGCCUGGAUAGACCUUCCUCUCGCAGGGAGGAUAUUGCAGCCAGCUCAGAGAAAAGCAGCAGUGCCAGCACCGAAAUUUUAUCAAGUCUCUUAACAACAGGAGCCAUUGCAAAUUCCCAUCUUGUGUCAGUAGCAAAAGCACACAGUCUAAGGUCACGGAGCUUCCCACUUACUGCCAGGCAGGCUUGUGAGAUGAUGAAGCCACAUGACGAGAAGUGCAGCAAAAUCUAUUCCAUCAGUAACCAAGUGUCGUCUGCUUUAAUGAAAUCAUUGCUUUGCCUUCCUCAGUCUCCAGCCUCUCCUGGAAACAGUGCAUGGGAAACUGCAGACACAGUGUCUCAGUCCUCUGGGGAGGAGGACGGGACUUCUUUCUCACCUGCAAGUGACCAUCAUCACCUGGACACUGGGUUUUCACUAAACCUUUCUGAGUUGAGAGAAUACACUGUGAGCUUGGCAGACAAUGAGAAGGAGGAAGAGAGACAGGAACACAGCUCACCUCAAGCAUCCGGUGUGUCAGGGCAGUCAGUCAUCUCUCUGCUUUCCCCUGAGGAGUUAGCAAAGCUUAUAGAGGAAGUCAAAGCACUAGAUGAAGCAACGUUAAAGGAAUUUGAUGAUAUUCAUGUUACAAUUUUGCAUAAAGAAGAAGAUACUGGGCUUGGAUUCAGCCUGGCAGGGGGCAUUGAUUUAGAAAACAAAAUAGUAACAGUUCACAAAGUGUUUCCCAAUGGACUGGCAUCUCAGGAAGGAACUAUUCAGAAAGGAGAUGAAGUACUAUCCAUUAAUGGAAAGUCUCUCAAAGGUGUGACUCACAACGAUGCCUCAGCAAUCAUGCGACAGGCCCGCCAACCCAGACAAGCUGUUGUUGUCACUAGAAAACCUAAAGAUGGAGAAACAAAUCUCAAUGCUUCAAUCAACUCUAGUACAUCUUCAGUAGCAAGUGAUGCUUCACAAGAGUCUGCAACUGGAGAUACAAUCUGCACUGUAACUCUAGAAAAAACACCUGCCGGUUUGGGAUUCAGCCUGGAAGGAGGGAAGGGCUCUGUUCAGGGAGAUAAACCCAUCAUCAUCAACAGGAUAUUUAAAGGGACUGCAUUGGAACAGAGCAGCCCUGUUCAGCCUGGCGAUGAGCUGUUACAGGUGCACACAACGGCCAUGCAAGGACUCACUCGUUUUGAAGCAUGGAAUGUAAUCAAGGCAUUACCUGAUGGGCCCAUCACAGCCAUCAUCAAGAGGAAGAAUCAGAGCUCUGUUACCACCAAGUCAUCCGAAACUUUGUAAAGAGAGGAAUUAGACUACUGCCAAUAAUCAAACAAAGGAUUUUAUUACUUGCAGGCACUUGGUGAGCACAGCAAGAUGCUCAGAAAGCACACAUGAAGAGUAUAAAGGACAUCACUGCCAGUACAGAGAAAGCUGUCUGGGAUGCACCUAAGCUGUGCAGAAAAUGGGCAUGAUUCUUAUUCCAACAUUCAGAAACAGAUGUUAUAAAGUGUAGAAUUAUAAAAUAAUGACUUUAUUAACAAUA